UUAGUUGCUCUAAAUUACAUACCUCCACCAAUUGUUUGUGAGUUGCUAGGGAAACCCAGACUAUUUAUGUCGUUAGUGAGUGGGAUGUCUGGUGUUCAUGACGUUUCUUUGGUGGAUUCUCUCACGUGCAACAAUCUAAUUCUAUGUUUAUCCAGCGUAGAAAAUUGUUCGACUUUUGUCGGAAUUAUGGAGUACUACCGGACGAAGAAAGAAGGGACUGUGUAGACUGUGGUGGUGUGAAGUGUGUAAAACAUCGUAAGAACUGUUUCGAUGCUGAAAUACCGUUACAAUUUCAUUGCGGAAAGUGCAAAAAACGAACGAGUAUCGGGAAGAAUACAUAGUUCGACUCUUCCAAAUUAUCCAUCCAGACCACCGUAAUGGACUUUAACAUGACGACAACACCGACGACGAGUAAGAUGUGUCUACCUUUAUUUCUGGAAGAUAAUGGAGAUCUGCUUAAGAAAUUCUUGCCCGCUGAUGAAAUUUUAAAGAUUUCUGAAGCUGGAAGCAUAUUCAUCGAAUAUAUGAGACAUCUGCGUCAAUGCAUUGCAAAAAGACUUGCUGUAUCUCCCUGUCAAGAAUUAGCAGAUGAACAGAAUUUACGUCUUACAUGGAUCCGAAAUGCCAAAACUAAAGCAGUUAAGUCAGUAUUACUGGAUAAACUUGAGAUUCAGAGGAAUGAAGGUAAUGCACAGCUUGCUCAGAGGGAUGUUGCAAUUAAAAAAAAUGAGGAACUGAUUGAAAAGAUGAAGAAAUGUAGCAAAGAUGAUAUCAAGAAAAGAAUAAAUGAAUCAGAAAAAAAUAUGAUUAAUGACUGGAGAGAUAGUGAAAGUAGGCAAGAGAUACUUCAGGCACAACUUAUUGAAAAUGAAGCAAGAUUUGAACAAUUGCUGUCAGAACACCUGCGCAGUGAGAAGAGCUUAAAAGCAAAGAAAAUCAAGGUUGAAUCACAGCUACUUACCGUGCUAAGCAAAUAUGAUGCUGACAUAGGUGAUCUGCAGAAUGAAUUGGAUGAACUUAUGGAGGGCUUCAAUGAAGAGAAACGACAGAUGAGAGAGCUACAGGAACGAUUUGAUAUACAGGAAGUGGAAUAUAUCAGACUAAUGACUCAAAAAGCUGAAGAAGAACGUAUUGAACAUGAACGAAGAGUAAACUUUUUCACAACAAGUCGAGCAGCACGCAUCAUUCAACGUGCGUGGAGAAAAUACAUACGUAGGAAACGUCGACGUAAAGGGAAGAGAAGAAAAUAA